GCGACUAUUUGAGUAUUUGUCGAAGCUAUCCAUGACCAUUUCAAGUUUUAAUGACGUGCACUUAUGAUUUUUCGAGUAGGAGAUUUUCUGCUGCUAUUCAGAAAUGUUUUUCUAGUUGAAUUUGAUAAGCUCUACUUGUCGGAAUGGUUAUGUUGUUAUGAUAUCUGUGCUAUUGAACGACCUGUGUUCAGUGAAUUGUGACUACCCCAAGUUUUUAGGUAAGGUUUUGAAACCAAUUGCGAAAGUGACCGGUGUUCAAAAUGGCAGAUCCAUUGAGUCUCCUGCGUCAGUAUUUUAUCCAAAACCGAGAUAUCGUUCAGGAGAAUGAUCGCAUUAUUUUCGGGGAGCUUUCUUGGCCGAAAGCGACUCGAACGAACUACGUGGUUUACGGUUCCGGAAAGGAUGGCAGUCCAAAGGAAUACUAUACCUUGGAAUGCCUUCUCUAUUUUCUUCAAAACAAGCAUUUGUCGCAUUCAGUUUACGUUCGAACUGCCAGUGUGAGUAUAUUUUAUGGAACGAAUCAUGGCGGAAGUUACCGACUUUGCAUUAUCUCUUACUUUAAGGGACACAAUCUUCCCGUGGUCCAUCGUCCCGAUAGAAGAGAUUUACUGACCUACUUAGGAUCAGAAACUGCAACUUCCGCGAGCAUUGAUAAAAGCUUGCCUUUGGAACGGCCGACUCAGCUGAAGCGUGUGGCGGAGCACGAAAAUGAAAUCCAUCCGAUGAAGAAACCCCGUUUGGAAGACGGGGAUAUGGAAAGGAUGCGACAAAAAAUGGCUGCUCGUUUGGAUGGACCAAAGGAGCAGUCUGUAACGUUGGAUAACAUAACUGGUUCACUUUCACAAGCGAUGUCCCGAGAGAAAAUCGCCGCCCUUCGUGCCAAGCGUAUUGCCAUGAAAAAGCAGACAAUCACUGGUGGAGCAGAAGAUCUUGACUCAUUUUCUGGAGCUGGAGAAUCUGACCAAUUCAUGCGUUCAGUGUAUGAGUUGGAUGUAAAUACAUCGAAGGCUAUCCUUGCCCGGGAAAGACAGUGGAGAACGAGGACUACGGUUCUCCAAGCGUCGGGAAAAAAUUUUGCUAGGUCAAUUCUUGCCCUCUUGCACGGAAUCAAACUCAAAGAGGAAGGAAAAGUACAUCCAGUCGAACAUGUUGCGCCGACUCCGCGACCAGCAUAUCGGCCAGCUCCAACUCCUGCAAAUACUGCCUAUGAUCAGUCAUACGAUCGUUAUGCCCAGGAGAAGUUCAACAAGAAAGCGACUGCUGGAUUCAAGAUCAACACGAUGGCAUCGUUUGCUGGGAAAACCUUGAAAUCAGUAGCAGAGGGAAAUGUGCAGAAGCAGCCGAAUCCUGUUGCGACGUCGAACAUUCCGAGAUCUCCUGGACAGCCGACGAAGAGAGUUUCAAGAACUCCGAUCAUCGUUAUCCCUGCGGCAGACAACAAGUCUCUCAUCACCAUGUUCAACGCCCGAGAAAUUCUUCAAGAUUUGAAAUUCGUUACCACGGAAGAAAAGCGUGCUUCGAUGAUGAGAAGAGAGAAUGACUGUUUGAUUCAGCGGUCGAAAGACGGUGGUCUGACUGUGCCGUACCGAGUGAUUGACAACACAAAUCGUUUGACGAACGCAGACUGGGACAGGGNAGGCGGCGUUCUACGCCAUGUCGGGCUUUCCCCGGGGCGCCGUUCGGCAGACGGAAAGGAG